GCCUAUUAAAGGGCGAUUAGACACACACGCUGACUAGUCGGACCGCAGAAAGGAUGGUCGUUACUUUGGUUUCUCUGUUUAUAAUUUGCUUGGCUUCACUGGGGGCGGCGGAAGGCCCAGGAUUGACCGAGUACCAUCAGCUGAAGAAACUUCAUUUUCUGGAACGUAUGUUCAACCCCGAAGCCCAUGAAGGACCUACAAUGGCAGACUACCAACAACUUAUGAAGCUUCGCUCAUUGGGUAUGGAGUUUUUCCACCAAUUCAAGAACAUUUCAACAACGGAACCCCAAUUUCUUGACGGAUUGGCAAGGGCAGAGACCUCAUGUUUAUUGGACAUGAAACAGUUCAUGGAGGACCUGACGUCGGCCAAAUUUUGGGCCAUAUCCAUGAUAGAUUCUUGGGGCACCAUACCCUCCGGAUACUUGUACGGCAACCGCGUCGACAUGGGCAACUACGAUCAGUGUCUUAGUGUAGACAGGACGGUCAGCGAUUCGCAUCACAUCAAGGGAAAGUAUUGUAUGAUGGAGCUGCCCGUUGCUAAGUGGCUGGGAUUUAACGCCCCGAUCUUGUCGAUGACCAACAUAAAGACCGCUUUAUGCUUCCCAUCCUCUUGCUCUCCGGAGUUCAUGGAGACCCUAAUGGGUUUGGUGCUUAAAGGACUUCUCGGAGUGAGCAACACCCGCAGCUUGUUUUUCAUUGAUCAGGAAAGCUGCAAGAUAAACGAUGACCCGCCUUUGAGUACGCCCGCAAUCUUGACCAUUGUUCUUGUGGCCGUUUUUUGUGGACUGGCCGUUCUCUGCACUGCCUGCGACUAUUUCUGGUAUCAGGAUCGAAGCAAGCUCCCGAGGAUGGUCAAGGUGUUCUCAGUACGCACCAAUUCCAAGGACCUUUUUGCCAUCGUAGACCCCAAGUCAAGCCCCAACGUCAUCCACUGCAUUCACGGAUUACGCUGUAUGUCGCUAAUUUGGGUGAUUCUGGGUCACGAGUAUACUGACACUGCAAUGGCGUACACCGUCAACCGGAUAAAAAUCAUAUCGUGGUUUCCGAAGCCCUUCUCUAGCUUCAUUAUCUAUGCUCCCUUCUCGGUGGACACGUUUUUCUUUAUGACUGGCCUGCUUCUAGUUGUCAUCGGACUACGUUCCCUAGAGAGGGCGAACGGGAAACUGAACAUACCGAUGAUGUACCUACAUCGCUAUUUGCGCCUAGCCCCGAUCGUCGCUGUGGCUAUCCUGGUCUACUUGCACCUGUUACCGCUUAUUUCCAAGGGCCCAGUGUCUGAGGACCUUGCCGUAUUUGAUUACUCCGUUUGCAGCAAUAACUGGUACCGCAAUAUGCUCUUUGUGCAGAAUUACGCCUCUGUAUCGGAGAUUUGUCUUCCGCACACCUGGUACCUGGCCGUGGACAUGCAACUUUACAUCCUGGCACCCUUCGUGCUUCUUGCUUUGUACAAGUGGGGCACGAAGGCGGCCGGAGCUAUCCUAGUCUUAAUGCUGCUACUCUCCGCUUGCCUCUUUACUACAAUAAUGACCAACGACUUCAAAAUAACCUUCUUACACGGCGGUCAGGUCCCAGAAGUGCAGAAGAAGCUGUACUUUGCGACACACAACCAUGCAGCCCCCUGGCUGGUUGGAACCCUCUUUGGAUACUUUAUGCACCGUAUCCGAGGUGUGAAAAUCGAACUCAAGUGGCCGGCGGUCUGGGCAGGAUGGCUUCUUUGCCUGGCCAUGAUGUUUACGGCCAUAUUCUCGAUGUUAAAGUUUAACAAGAUCCUGAACCCAGCGCCAACGACCCUGGAAAGCGCCUUGUUCUACACACUCACUCGAAUAGGCUGGCCCUUGGCCUUAUGCUGGGUGGUCUUCGCCUGCGUCCACCGAUACGGGGGCCUGGCCAACAGCUUCCUGUCUUCGCCUGUGUGGCAGCCCCUCUCUAGGAUCUCCUACUCCGCCUAUAUCUGGCACAUUUUCAUUCAGGAAUUGAACCAUAGACGAACUCGCACGAACACCUAUUUUUCGGACUACGAUGCGAUGCUGAACUUCUGGGGAGGCUUCGGUUUCACUCUUAUAAUGGCAUAUGCAUUCUAUGUGACUAUUGAGGCUCCCUUGGCGGGACUCGAGGGACUCCUCUUGCCAAGUCGGAAGAAGCCGGCGAAACCAAGAGAGAACGGAGAGCAGCCUCAAAAUAAGGAGGAUGCACAAAAGUCUCAGUCAGAGGAUCAAAAUGCAAUUCUGCCAGAAGCAACUCAGCCUGACCUGGAGCUGGCAGCUCCGAUAUCCAUCGAGAGUAGAGACAAUCAGCAGAAAAGCGAUUAAUAUACAAAAUCUAAUUAGUGAUUUUACGAUAAGUCAUAGUUUAGAGUUUUUUUUUUUGUUAGUUGCAGUGAAGAACCUCCCUGCAGUACUAAUGUGGGACAUGUGGGUAAUGUGGGACAUGUGGGUAAUGUGGGACAUGGGUUCGAUUCCCAGCAGAAAAUGCUGUAUUAAGAGUUGAUUUUUGUUUACUUUUAUUUUUUUUAACA